AUGAGAUCUUCUAAGAGGAGUGAGUUGGAUUCCUCUGAUGGUAAGCAAGGUGGAUUCAGAGUGAGACAACUGUCACACCAGAAUGAUCCAAAGGAAGUCUGGACUGGAAGCAAAUGUCAUCUAUGUCCCGAGAAUGGCAAGUCCUUCACUGAACACAUGAAAAUUCAUGUAGGAGAGAAGUCUUAUAUGUGUCAGGAGUGUGGAAAGAAAUUUGCUCGAUAUUCAGACCUUAAAAAACACAUAAAUGUCCAUACAGGAGAGAAGCCUUAUUCAUGUCAGGAGUGUGGAAAGGCAUUUGCUCAAUCCUCAAAUCUUAACACACACAUGAAAAUUCAUACAGGAGAGAAGCCUUAUUCAUGUCAGGAGUGUGGAAAGGCAUUUGUUCAAUCCUCAAAUCUUAACACACACAUGAAAAUUCAUACAGGAGAGAAACCUUAUUCAUGUCAGGAGUGUGGAAAGGCAUUUACUCAAUCUUCAAACCUUUCUGGUCACAUGAAAAUUCAUACAGGAGAGAAGCCUUAUUCAUGUCAGGAGUGUGGAAAGGCAUUUGCUCAAUCCUCAAAACUUUCUUAUCACAUGAAUAUUCAUACAGGAGAGAAGCCUUAUUCAUGUCAGGUGUGUGGAAAGGCAUUUGCUCAAUUCUCAAAUCUUAGCACACACAUGAAAAUUCAUACAGGAGAGAAGCCUUAUUCAUGUCAGGAGUGUGGAAAGGCAUUUGCUCAAUCCUCAAAACUUUCUGGUCACAUGAAAAUUCAUACAGGAGAGAAGCCUUAUUCAUGUCAGAAGUGUGGAAAGGCUUUUGGUGAAUCCUCAGCCCUUAACAGGCACAUGAAAAUUCAUACAGGAGAGAAGCCUUAUUCAUGUCAGGAGUGUGGAAAGGCAUUUGCUCAAUCCUCAAGUCUUAACAAACACAUGAAAAUUCAUACAGGAGAGAAGCCUUAUUCA